AUGGAGAAUGGUGUUUCUCGAUCCUCUCUCGUUCAUGGUACCCAAACCAAUCCGAACUCGGACACUUGGUACGACACCGACGCAUUUUUGUUGGACCAAGUGAAAGAAGUGUUGAACAAGCUGAGCGAAGGAUCAAUCGACGAUGAAAUAUGGGGGAAAAUUGUGAUUAUGGAACGAUGCAAACGGGUUGCAAAGGCGUAUUUGAGAAAAACUACUGUAAUUAUUGAUGGAUCAGAAGAUGAAUUUGAUGGGAAGACACUUGGAUUCAAUCAUUUUGAUAAUCCAACUCGUGAUGAUCAUACUAAGGAGAUUCGAGCGAAAAUUGCAGAUGGGGUCAUUUUAAAAAUGGACUACCAAGGAAACAUCAAAGGAAUGGCUCGUGGAGCUGCUCCGAUUGUGUGCCAAGGUUGGAAGGAACCAAGAAACAAUUGCAUAUCUGAUCGAGUUGUUCGGUUACAUGGAAAAUUAAAUCAUGGAGUAACAGAAGAUGAAAAAGCCUACAAAGUGUUUGAUAUGAGAAAAUUCAAACAUGCAUUGGAGAGAGAACUUCAUGAUGGAACUCCGGAUGCAAGGUCACUUUUGUUAAAAACCUGCAUGAGAAUUGCUCUGGUCAAGGUAGGCGAUGGCGCGGAUAUGAAUCGAACACCAUGUUGGUUCGCGAUUGUCAACCUCGUGGCUCUCGAUAUGAUCAAAGAGAAAAUUCCAGCUAUCAAGUCACUUUUAAACGGGAGUUCCCUUCCAAUCAUGACCUCUCCACCGCCAAGUGUUGGAAAUGACCCAUCUGGACUGGAUGCUCAAUAUUUGACUCAAAUUAUAGCUGCAGCCGUUACACAAGCCAACAAAGGAGCUCCCACACCAGUAAACAACAAUAAUAAUCAAAAUUUGACAAUCUCACCGGAACAACUUGCUCAGAUUGCUUCAACUAUCAGUAUUGCUCAAACUAACACUUUGAGAACUGCUGAUUUAGCUAAAAAGGAGCGGCCGAAAAAACCAUAUCACUGUUCAACAUCUUCCUUGGAUUCAUCUGGAGAAGAUUCGUCUGGUCGUCGUUCUGAAGCAUCUAUUGCAAUAAAAUCUCGUGCAAAGCGAUGGGAACAAAUGCAAAAGAUCAAUGAAAGAGAAAAGUACACCGAGAGUCCGGACUUAAAAAUUUUGGAUAAACCAAGACCUGGUGGUCGAGCUCACCGGCCGUCUCUUCAAGAUGUGAUAUUCACUAGGAGUCAUUCAAUCACAAGCGAUUAUGAUAGCAAUAAAGAACACUUUGAUUCUGGAAGUUGGAGUUCUACACAAUCCAGAUAUAAGGGUGGACGCUCAACAUCUUCAUCGGUGGUUUCCGAACACGAACUAGCAGCGUUGGCUCGAGAUGAGCUCAAGGAAACUAGUGAGAUUAGAGAAGCGAAUGCGGUCAGCGAAGACGAUGAGCCACCAACUAACCCACCAUCACCAGCUCCAGUAGUGAAUGUGCCUACAUUGCCACGCAAAGAUUAUAACUCAUCACCCACAACCGAAUACGCUACACGCAAUGUCAUUGCUACUCCUGCUGAGCAAUUUGUUCCAACUCUAGAAGGAGCACCUGUUUGGAAACCUAGAACCGUUGCUAUUGAGUCCGAGCAUUCACCUCCACCAAUUACUGCUACACCACCUCCGCUACCCAAAACACCGCAACCCAACAAUGAGGGAGCUUCACCCGCGCCGCAGCGAGGAGAUGGAAGUUUACUUCGGCCGAACCCCGGUCCAGUCCGAUCCUCCACGCAACCGAUCAAACCCGUUCGUCAGCGAACUCCGUCAGGUUCUCGAGCAACGAACGAGCAGUUCACGGAUCGCGCGCAACCACUCUCAACCAGCCGCAGUUCAUCCCAACUUGCGACAGUUCGGCGGCAACGCUCGCCAAAUCCACCACUCUGCUUCCCAACAGUACAACAACGCCAACAGCAACUGCAGCAGCGGGCGCAACACUCCGGAAAGAGCCCAUUCACAGUACGUCGGGUCUUCUUCGCACCAAGUGCCUCGCGGACUUCGGAGGACACAGCAGUACCAGCACCAACUCCAGCAGCAGCAACCACAACGAGACCAGCAGCAAUCACAACCAUUAGCACAACGCCUUCCACCGUUCAACUACGGCCAAUCUACUCUGUGUCGCGAACCAGCAUCAGCAGUCCGAGUCAACCGCACGGGAUCCCUGCCAUGGGGACAAUAUCAACACGUGAGAAGAACCCACAUGUGAUAAGUCUACAAUUAAAUUAA